GACUUGGCCACUCUAUGGCAAAAAGUGGACAACAACAAAAAGCAAUAAAAGUGGUUUUAUAAAAGAACAACCAAUUAAUUCUAAUAAAAAACCAAUUGAGUGAAUAUCUUUUCUAGUGCUUUGUUUUAUUUAAUAAAUUUGUUGCUGGUAAAAGAAUACACCCAUAAUAACCAUGAGAAGAUUGCGCCGUCACUAUAUAAAAUUGGUAUUUCUGGUUUUAUUUUGCGGGGCCGGUGUCUUGUACUUUACAAGAACCACGGAAGAUGUGGACAGGCAAAGUCAAAUACAAAUAAUGGAACGCUCUAUAAGAUCGGUUAUGAACCAAGUUGAAUGUCGUUUACCCGAGCUGCCAAUCGAUAAUCCUGAAUUAAUGAAAUUCUUUCAUCCAGUAGAUAAAGUUAACUGUGGCAAUCCAAAUGAUGAUUGGGUAAUGUGCGAAAAAUCUAUAUGUUUUGUUAAACCCGAAGCAAUAGCAGCAAAUGGUGACAUAACUUGUAUAUUUACUGAUAUAAUACGUAAAAGUGACUUCAAAGCACGUUAUGGGAAAUCGGUAAAAACAAAGGAACCCUAUAUCCUGCAAUCAUCGGACUUUGUUAAAGUACUCUGUACAGCAGAAAACGGUUUAAGUUGGUUUGGUAUGGCUCAUGGCAUACGUGAUGGCGUUGAAAAUACCUUAAUACACAAGCCACAACCGCCUCCAUUGAAUAAUGUUAACCCUUUAAAUGUAUUGGACCCGUCAUCUGAAUUGCCUGCCUACUUCAAUGUACUCAUGUUUGGUUUUGAUUCGCUAAGUCGUAAUGCCUUUAUGCGAAAACUAUCCAAGACCUACAAAUACCUAACGAAAGAACUUGAUAGUGUUGUUCUUAAGGGUUACAAUAUUGUUGGUGACGGCACACCGCAAGCAUUAACGCCAAUUUUAACGGGCUACACAGAACUGGAAAUGCCCGAAACACGUAAACGCAUGAGCAAUGCUCUGCCCGUUGAUCAGGCAUAUCCCAUGAUAUGGAAAGAUUAUGAAAAACACGGCUAUGUAACCUCCUUCAACGAGGAUAUACCUUCGGUGGGCACUUUUACAUAUCGAUUAACGGGAUUCGAAAAACAACCAGUUCAUCACUAUUUACGUACUUACUACCAGGAGGCCGAAAAUAUAUUAAGUUCCAGUAAGGAGCACUGCAUAAAUCAUGAAGCCACACACUUGACUAUGAUGGAGUAUACAAAAAACUUUAUGGCAAAAUAUAGCGAUACUCCCCGAUUUGUUUUUAGCUUUCAUGGUGGACUUUCUCAUGAUUCUAUAAAUCUGAUUGAAUCUGCCGAUGAAGAUGUCGUGACAUGGCUGGAAACAUUAAAAGCAAAACAAAUAUUAGAUAAUACUAUACUAAUAUUUAUGUCGGAUCAUGGUAUAAGAUUUACAGAAAUACGCGAAACUUUACAAGGAAAGCAGGAGGAGCGUUUACCCUUUUUCAGCUUUGCUUUUCCUGAAUCAUUUAAGAAGCGGUUCGCUCAAGAAUAUCAGAAUUUUGUAAAGAACAGCGAAAGAUUGACGACACCUUUCGAUAUACAUGCAACACUUGAACAUAUUUUAGAACUUCAAAAUAUAAAACCAACAGCCAAUUCCAAUGAGUUGACAUCCUACGAAGCUCUGGCAGAAGAAUCCACUCCUGUAGAACCAACACCAAAUAUCGAAGUUUCCGCAUUGGCUAAACAUCGUGCUAUAUCACUUUUCACGCCAGUACCACAAAAUCGUUCAUGUGCAGAUGCAUACAUAGAGCCACAUUGGUGUGCCUGCCUUAAUUGGCAACAACUUAAUGUAAGCUCCGACAUGGGUAUCUUAAUUAAGGCGGCCGCCAGUAUACUAAAUGUUAUUAACAAUGCUACUGAAACAUUUCGCCACUACUGCGAACCUUUACAUUUGAAGCGUAUCAACUGGGCACUGCUUUUGAAGCCCCACCACGAGUUGUUGUCAUUUAAACACAAUUUAGAUAUGGAUGGCUAUUUAUCCGAUUUAACUGGCAGUUCUCGUUCAUCCGAAGUUUAUUAUCAGCUGCAAAUUUUAGUAUCGCCGGGCGAUUCACUCUUUGAAGCCAGUGUCUCUUAUAAUUUAGAUAAUUUAACUAUGUACACUAAACUUUCGCAAAUAUCACGAAUCAAUAUUUAUGGCUCACAGGCCAAUUGUAUUUACGAACGCAAUCCGGAACUUCGUAAAUAUUGCUAUUGCAAGAAAUAGCUAAAUGUUUAAAAUGAGAUUAAUUUAUAUGCAAUAGAUUUAAGUUUAUUUUUUUGUACUCUACGCGAGCAGUAUUUAUUUCAAAAGUUCAAGUCUUGGUCACAAAUCAAAACAAAAAAUUUGAUUUUAAUUUUAAGUUUAAACUACAUAUUUUACGAAUACAAAUUUCUCGAACUGAAUUUAGAAUAUAUACAUAUAUUUAUGUUUAGCAUGAAAACACAGUCAUUAGUAGAUUAUUAAAACUUAAAAGCACCUAGUCUAUAUAAAUCUCUCACUAAGUAACAUGACAUACAUAAUUUUAAGGAACUGUGGGGGUUUUCAAUGGUACUACACUAACAGCUCAAUUUUUUUUUAACAAACAAAAUGUUUUAACACAAAAUUAAAAAUUCAUGAGUAGUUUGUCAUUCCGUUUGUAAUUUCUACAUUUUUCAUUAGCGAACCAAUAAAAUAUAUAUACUGGUUCGUUAUAGAUAACCAGGGAAACCAAAAUAUGCAAAUGCAUGUUUUUUCUGGUGAGUCUAAUGAGCACAUGGAUAAGAUAUUUACACGUUUCAGAACUAUUUAAGAAUUUUGGCAUCGAUUUGUUAGUGCAUAUUUUUGCAUAUAUUACCCUUAAAUACAUAUU